UCCAGCGCUCCGUCUUCAAUUACUUUGAGAGAUACUAGUAUUUCAUAAACCCUUGCAGUACCUUAAACCCUCCGAUUACCUUUGUCCUAAAAUCUUCUCUCUCUUGCUAUGGCAGCGACUCCUACAAUUGAGUAUGUCAAUCACAUUGAGUCUUACGUUAGCUCUUCUAGCUCUCCGGCACAGCAGGCGGCAAGCAUUGAUGCAAUUGCUCUUCUUCUGAAAAAUGACUUGUUAACUUUAGAAGUCUUGGUUAGAGAAAUGGAGAUGUAUUUGACCACUACAGAUAAUAUCAUUCGUUCAAGAGGUAUCCUCUUACUUGGAGAACUAUUGAUGCAAUUAAUAUCGAAGCCCUUGGGUGAUACUGCAAUAAGCAGCUUAGUAGAAUUCUUCACAGAGAGGCUGGCAGACUGGAAAGCGUUGCAUGGUGCCCUUGUUGGUUGUUUGGCUCUUCUAAGGAGGAAAAGUGAUGCUGGCAUGAUCAAUAAGAGUCAAGCAAAGGCCGUUGCACAGUCUUAUCUGCAAAACCUGCAGGUGCAGUUAUUGGGACUGCAAGACAGGAAGCUUUGUCUUCAAAUAUUGGAAUGCCUAUUGGAUCGUUAUCCGGAUGCCCUUUUGUCACUGGGUGAUGAUCUUGUAUAUGGAAUCUGUGAAGCUAUUGAUGGUGAAAAGGACCCACAAUGCUUGAUGCUCAUAUUUCGUGUAGUUGAAGUUCUGGCACAAUUAUUUCCCGAAUCUUCUGGCCCAUUGGCGAAUUUUGCAGGGGAUCUGUUCGAUAUUUUGGGAUGUUACUUUCCUAUCCAUUUUACCCAUCCUAAAGGUGAUGAAAUUGAUGUAAAGAGGGAGGAACUCUCAAGGGCCCUAAUGCUGGCGUUUGCUUCCACGCCACUUUUUGAACCCUCAGCCAUUCCAUUACUUCUUGAAAAACUAUCUUCUUCUCUGCCAUCAGCAAAGGUGGAAUCUUUUAAGUACCUUAGCUACUGCACAUUGAAAUAUGGAGGAGAUAGAAUGGAAAAAUACACUGAAUCCCUUUGGUCUGCAUUAAAAGAUGCAAUAUUUACUUGUCCGCACUCCGUUUUGUCAGUGGAUUCCAAUACAAUAGAUGGAAUAGGUUUUCAUGAGAGUGAAAUUAUGACGCAGGCCCUUGAACUUCUUCAGGUGCUUGUUCGGCAGCAUAAUGCGUCAUUCUUAAAUUUGAUUCUGGGUGAUGGGGACAUAAGCACAUUUCUAAAGUCCUUUUCCCAGUUCGACGAUUUCAAUAGUCUUUCUUCUGAAUACAAGCAGAGAUUACAUGCAGUUGGUCUUAUUCUUUCUGUUUGUGUUAAAUCUUCUGGGUCUUCCUGCAAUAAAGUUUUUGAAAGUUUCUUUCCUCGGUUGGUGGAUGCUUUAAGGCUCUCGGUUGAAAAUUCCCCCGAGGCUAUUCAUUCAGCUUUGGAUGCAAAAUUUAACUUCGGAGCCUUGUAUCUUUGUGUUGAACUCCUUGCUGCAUGCAGACAGCUGGUAGUCAGCUCCGAUAAAGUCGCUUCAGUUCCGGAUCUAUCGCAUGACACUUGGUGCCAGAUACUUCAUAGUUUCUCCACAUCAUUAUGCAGUGUUUUCUUUUGUCUCAUUCGAGCAAGUUGUGCUGAAAGCACUUGGAAUGCUUAUGUUUAUGCAGCAGUUAAAGGUUUGGAGAUCUUGGCUACAUUUCCUGGAAGCUUUAUUUCAGCGUCAAAGUUCAUGUAUGAGAAAAUCCUGCUGACUUUGAUGUCAAUCAUUGAAUCUGAUUUCAACAAGACGUUUCUAUGGAAGGCAGCGUUGAAAGUUUUAGUGGAAAUCAGCUUGUUUGUCAAUAAGUAUGACGAGGAUGUGAAGGCAGCUAGCUUUAACAGUAUUGUCAUGCAAAAGAUUGUUUCUCUAAUUUCUUCGGGUGACUUAAAUAUGCUGCCAUCACUCAAACUAGAGGCCAUUUUUGACAUUGGAAUGACCAGGAAGAGUUUCAUGCUUACUGCUGCAAGCCAAUUGGAGAAGACUAUAUCUGCCAACUUAUCUGAGAUUUUUGUCCGUGGAAAUCUGCAGUUAGCUGAAUUGACAGCUGUGCUUUUGGAAUGUUAUUCCAUUAAGGUACUUCCAUGGUACGUAGGCGAUCUUAAUUUAUCUUGUUUAUUAGAUUUCCAUUCUAUUCCAUCUCUGUUCUGGAUAUUUCUCCCUACUGCAUUCUCUAUUGUGAUGCAUCCUCAUAUGGAUGACCAGUAGUCUCUGUUGAUUUUU